CUGUUUUCUCUUUGUCAAAUACCUCUAUCCUAACAGAAUAUUUAUAACCUUCGGUGUCGAGGUUAUAUUGUUUGUUUAGUAAAUUAAAUAUUUAAUAAAAAUCCCAUUAAAAAGUUGUUUAUUCUUUAUUUUUAAUACAUUUCUUUUUAUAUAUCUAGUCAUUGAAGUAUAUUUCGUUUGCUUAUUUUUUUAAAUGCUCUCAUCAUAGUUUUUAUUUUUUAAAAAUUGUAAUUAAUUCUGAUAUGAGUUCAGAAAAAAUUACAUCUUCAGAAGUUCCUCUGCUUUUUAAAAAUAGUUUACAUUGGAAUAUUUUAAAUUGGUCAGUGGAUGAAUGGAAUUAUUUUUUAAAUGAUUCUUCUGUUAAAUACCCAUUUCGAGUUGGUUCAAGGCUUUGUUCUCUGGAACCUCAAUGGGAAAGGAGUUGUGAAAUUGCAAAUAUGACAUUUUCUGACUUUUUUAAAAAGUUUAAUGAGGAAAAUAACUUAAAGAAUUGGUGGUAUUUUGACUAUAAACAUAUAGAAGAAUGGUUAAGUGGAAAAGCAGAUAAAAUGGAUAUUAAUUGGAAGGAUUUUGGGCAUCCUGAGAUUACAGCCAAAGGCUCUACGCUUUGGAUAGGAACAAAAGGUGCCCACACACCAUGUCACGUAGAUACCUAUGGUUGUAAUUUAGUUGCACAAUUGUAUGGAAAAAAGAGGUGGUUUUUAUUUCCACCAUCUGAAACCAACAACCUUAAACCUACAAGGGUACCUUAUGAAGAAUCAAGCGUUUACAGCCAAAUCAAUUUUUCUUGUGGUUGUAGUGACUUUUCAGCUAUUGCAAAUAUUUACAUGGUUGAUUUAGAACCAGGAGAUGUACUCUUUGUGCCAUUUCAUUGGUGGCAUUAUGUAGAAAAUCUUUCCUCUGCUAUAAGUGUUAAUACAUGGAUCCCUUGUAAACGUGAUGAAAUCUGUCGUGUCGAAGAGUCAUUAGUCAAGUACUUCAUAGCGUCUGUGUGUAAAAAUGUUUCUCCGGAGGAGCUGAAAUUUAUUUUAAAUCCAAAUGAGGUAAGUAAUGUUUUAAAUCUUAUCAUAAAUAUUUUUAUUUUGUUUUUCACUGCUUGAAUAACCUAUUGCGAAGAGAUCAAGGAGAGAAGAUUGUAAGUUGAGAGAUUUUCCAAAAGUUAUGAAAAUAAAUUAAUGUGAAAACAGUAAAAACUUAUUAUUAUUUUCAGCCAUAAGGACCGUCAUAGAUGUUUUGCCUUCUUAUAUCAGCUAUGGAAAAAGAUGUGCG